AAAAUUCUACCGAAUAUGAAUGGAGAAACGAUACAAUCUCUAAAGAUAAACUUAUAAGGGAUAAACUUAUAAGGGAAAGGGUGGUUAGUUUUGGAAUAGUGGUGAAACAAACUCUUACCUU